AAACACAUCAUCUGCCCGCCGCUAUCAGUCUUCUCAGUAUUGUAUUCGAAGAGAUACAUACCAUCAUGAUGAUUUAUUUAGGCGCGCUCGUUCUCGCCACAUACAUAUCGGCAUCCGCUGCUCUGCCGCCCUGCGUAUGCACCCGCGACCUCAAACCGGUCUGCGGCACCGACGGCACCACCUACAACAACGAGUGCCUGCUGGAUUGCGCACGCAUACGCGGCAAGUCCGACCUCGCAGUCGAGAGACGCGGGCGAUGCGACUUCCCUGGCAUCCAAGGUGACCCCGACUCCUGCAUAUGCACCCUCGAGCUCAAGCCCGUAUGCGGCUCCGACGGUAAGACCUACCCCAAUACCUGCGCAAUGGACUGCCAGGCCCGCGCCAGGGGGGUCGAAAUCGUCAAAACCCACGACGGCGAAUGCAGACAGAAGCGGGAGAUAACCCUUCCGGACUACCCCUGCUUGUGCACCUUGGAGCUCAGGCCGCUCUGCGCCUCCGACGGCAAGUCCUACCCCAAUCAGUGCGCCAUGGAGUGCCAGGCGCGCGGCAGCAAAGUUGACAUCGUGAAGGUCUACGACGGUGAGUGUGGAAAGCGGCGGGACAGUCCGAACGACUGCAUAUGCACGAUGGAUUACAGGCCCGUCUGCGCGUCCGACGGAAACUCCUACCCCAACAGUUGCGCCAUGGAUUGCGAGGCGCGCGCAAAAAGCGUACAGCUCGAGAAAGUCCACGACGGGGAAUGUAGACCUAAGAGGGACACCGUCAAAGUGGCCCAGCUCGACCCCUGCGUAUGUACCAAAGAGAAGAAGCCGGUUUGCGGAACUGAUGGGAACACGUACUCCAACCCUUGUUUGCUGAGAUGCGCGAAGCAGGCGAAGUCCGAUCUGGAGAUCCAGCACAGAGGCAGCUGCGAGACUGUCGAGAGAGUCCAGGAGGUUAUUCCAACGAAGCGAGAUCCUUGUACCUGUAAUAGGAAUCUUGAACCGGUCUGCUCGACCAGCGGUGAAACUUUCUCCAACGAGUGUCGGCUGCAAUGCGCCGGCGCGCAGUUGGCUUACCAGGGACCAUGCGAUGGAGUCAUCCAACAAGUGGUCGUGGUAGACAACUCCUCUUAGGCGUGUGAUGAUGCAAUAAACGUUUUUACUUUUCUACCGUUUUCAA